CAUUUUGAUCCCCGGCGCUCGAUUCGAGGCCAUGCAUGUGUGGCACUUCUAGUCAAUCGCUCGCUGACGACGCACGAUUCCAGCGCAAUCUUCUGUGAUUAUAUCGGAGAAAAGUUGCUACCGACGAUCUGGAUGUUGAAGUUUGAGAGAAUGGAUUGAUUAGUUAAUUAAUGCAAUAAUUGAAGACAUGUGUCUAAUUAGUGUCUAACGUUACAGACAUUUACAACGGAUAUAUUGGACUUUAAAUUUAUUAAUGUUAAAACAUCGUCGAUAUUACUGUUCUUGCAAUAUAAAAUCACAAGGAUCUACAAUUUAAAUGUUUUAUUAAGAAAAUUAUAAUGAUGACAAUAAGUAUGAUAAGAAGUUUAGUAUUUACUGAUUCUCUAGAAAACUAUGCAGCAUUAACCCGUAGAGGUAACUAAAAAAAAAAUAUACAUAAUUCUAAACUUCUGGACUUAGAUUUCUUUGUAAUUCGCAACUCAAUUACAAUUACUAAUUGACAACACAUUUGAGCAUGCAGUUCUUGGGUUUGAGCGCCCAGGCGUUCCAUGGUGAGACCGGUAUGGAGGGUCUGCUGCCGUACGCCCGCGGCUUCUUUUUUCAUCUUCCCGUCACGUCGGCGCCCUACAACACUUGGCACCCGCAUAUCUAUAACAAGCCGACGAAACAACCGACGCCGUUCCUGAUCUCUAACAUCCUCGACCUUCAAAGCCACCGCCAUGCCGACGACAUGGACAGCAAAAUGACGCCGGUCUCCCGAUCGAGACACCGCAAUUCCGGUACAGAUGGUUUCAUUCUCUCGAACGAUUUCCUAGGAACAAGCCGGUUGUUUGGUUCCGCUUCCAGUGGAAAUCGAUAUCCGGGCUUGGUGGUGCCGACAGCUCCCGUCGGCGAUCGUCUUGUCGACAGGGAGGAGGACAGCCUCCGCGGUCAGCGCAGUACCAGCUCGCCGUGCCCGUCGUACAUGCGAGACCACGUGGAGUCGCCGGAUGACGAAUCAGAGAAAAACGGUCGAAAUUCGGAGAAACACAAACUGUCGUCUGACUCCAACGAUGAAUUUAGCGACAACGGGCUCAUCAGCCAAAAGAAGAAAAAGGCGCGAACGACUUUCACCGGAAGACAAAUCUUCGAGCUUGAGAAACAGUUCGAGCAGAAGAAGUAUUUGUCGUCUGCAGAAAGAGCGGAAAUGGCGUCACUCCUAAACGUGACGGAAACCCAAGUGAAGAUUUGGUUCCAAAAUCGACGGACAAAGUGGAAGAAACACGAGAAUAUUACCGCGAGCGACCUCCCGGAAGUGCGACUGCAAGCCGAGCGUAACCCGGAUGUCGCCAAGGCCAUUCAGAACGCAGCAAAGCUGAAGAAAGCCAAAGAAAGACUCGAGCAAGCAGCCGCCAGUGGUGGCGCUUCCAAAAAAGAUUCUGGUCGUCAUAGCAACCACGGCAGCAAGGACGACAGCUGUAGCAGCCACGAGGUGGAGGCGGGAGAGCCCCUCGAUUUCACCAUCGGAAAGCUGAACAAUCCGUCGUACGAUCAAAGUGAAGUCAACGAAACUGACGAAGUUUUGGGUGAAACUCAUCAGGCGGACUACACCGAAGUGGAUGAUGAUGGUGAUGCAGAUUUGGUUUCGAGUGAGCGUGAUUAUGAACGCGAAACAUGUGAUGAUAUUAUGACAGAUGAAUGUACAGAAGAUGGCGUAAAAAGGUUUGACGAUGACUCCGUAGCGAGUUCUGAUAGCGGUGACGUGGAUAUUGAAACUGACGCUAGAGUAGACAAGGCAUUUGAUAGAGCCGCACGCGUGUUACGAUGUCCGGUAUAUAGGGUGGAAAAUUCUCAUUGAAACAACGCCAAUAAAGCGCUGUUGGCUUUAUCAUUACACAUCGUACAAUUAAUAUACUAGUAAUAAUUUCAAGUGUUGUUUAAUUGAAACAUACUGUAUUUGCGUUAAUACUGGUUUAAUGGCGAACUGUUCCAAACUCUUAUACAUUUAAACAUUUCACACGAGGGCAUAGACAAGAAACGCAAGAAAAUUCAGCUUGGAUAUUAUCCUUACAUGUGCAACUGUAAUUUUCAUAAUACAUGCGCUAACAUACCGGUA